CAAAACUGUUUACUAUUAUAUAAUUAAAUAAAAUUCAGAAUUCAGGUUAUGUAUUUUUUUUAGGUUGGUCAAAAGCGUGCAGCAAGCUGCAGCAGCAAGUGAGAACAGACGCCUUUUAUUUGCAAACGGCAGUGCUGGAAAACGCCACGCAGAAGCGGCGCGGGGCUGAGCGGCAAGCGGUGGAGAGCGGAGAGCACUGAGAAUGUAGCGUUGAGGACGGGCCACGGGAUUUUAAUAAGAAACAAAUUAAGCAGCCAAACCGUUGGCGGCUGUGCGAAAAGCAGAGUGAUCGCCGUUUAAUGUGUCCCAGUCGAUCGCCAUCGGCGAGUGUGUGUAGUCCCCGGUGUUUUGGCGCAAUAUAUUGUGUUGUUUUUGUGCCGGCAGCACUCGAACUGAGCCCCCCAAAAAUUUUUAUUUCCUUUGAACUCCCCGAUUUGCGAAACUGCCACCGCUGCUGCUGGGCCUGCAGCUGCAGAAAAGAUAGGCGACGGUGACAAAGAUUCGCGAGUGCGAGUGCGAAUGCAGGCGGACUGCGACGGAUAGAGAGCAGCAGACCAGCAGACCUCUCUGCCAAUUGUUUAUGUUGAUAAACAUUGUUUUUCGGCCUACUGCAGCUCGGUAAAAGUGAAACUACUGCCACGAUUAGUGGUUGGUCUGGUCUCGGCUGGUGUACGUGCAGAAAAGCGAUACUUUCAGCAGGCGGUGGAGCUGGUGGUGGUGGUGGUGGAGGAGGCGAAGGAGGAGUGAUAGCAGAAGGAGCCACCAUUGCUGCUGUCUGUUAUUGUUUUGGAUAACAAUAAAUAAAAAUAAUAAAGAGAAACGAUACGAAACACGCGGUGCUCGCAAAAGGGCGGGAAGUUUUUUUCUCUCCACCUCCGAUUCCUGUGCUGGGUGAGAGAUGUCGAAGGAGCCCAGGCGCAUAUCCCUAACCUCGAUCGCUCAGAACGAUGGGGUGUUUUCGCGCUUUGGCAGCAGUUUCCUGGACCCACAGCCGGAGCUGCCUGGCACAUCCGCUAAUCAGAAGGCGUCCAAGACGGCCAAGAGCAUUCGCAUCAAGCUGGAGCUCUUCGAGACCGAUUCGGACAAGUAUCCCGAGUUCAACUAUUCAAAGCUUCUGUAUUUGGAGAAAAAAAAGGCCAAGAAACUGAAGCAAGUGACCUCCGUGCCGAAUGGAGCCCCCAGCGACCCCUUUGCCGACAAUGAUGACGAUGUGGCGCGGAUCGUCAAGGAGCUGGAGGCCAAGUACGGAAACGCCUACGCCACUGGCAGGGGCAAGAGUAAAAAGGAUGAUUACCGGGACAUUGGCAUGGGCUACGAUGAGUCAGAUUCCUUCAUUGACAACACGGAAGCUUAUGACGAGAUAAUACCCGAAGAAGCAGAGACACUUAAGGGCGGCUUUUACAUAAACUGCGGCGCUUUGGAGUUCAAGAACCUGACCAAGAAGUCCUACACCACGCGAACGGAUGCCAUCAUCAAGAUGCCGGAGCGGUCGCGCAAGCGACUGGUCUCCUCUAGUUCCGAGAGCUCAUCCUCUUCAUCCGGGGACGAAGAUGGAAACGAUGAUGAGAACGAUGAGGAUGACGACGACGAUGAGAGCGGGUCCGAAGAAGAGGACGAGGAGGAUGACGAGACCGAUUCGGAAGAGGACGACUCCGACAGCGAAAGCCUGGAGGACGACGACUCUGCUUCCACGAUCAAGUCCUCCAGCAAGUACAAAGACAAUCAGGCCAAGAAGUCCAAGGUUAUCGUGACGUCCAAGCCCAAGUCGAGCCACAGCUCGAGUGGCUCUCUCAAGAAACCGCUGAAGAAGCCGAUAGUCAUCACGUCCUCCUCGUCCAACUCCCCACGGCCGAGUGGGGUGGAUAACACGGACACGGAGGAGCGUCCAUCCCAGACACAGUCCCAGCCACUGGCACAUGCUCAGGCCUUGAAGAAGGCGGUCAAGACCACAACGGUGAAGGAUAUGCUGAAGGCCAAGCGGGACAGCUACCUUAAAUCACAGAGCGGCCCAGCCGCCGUCAAGGGAGUAGUUAAUGGAGAGCUCAAGUGCAUCUCCACGGACAUGGAUUCCAGCAGUGACAGUAGUGACUCUGACUCUGCACUGGAUCAGGGAACGGAUGAAAGGCACGCCCCUAAGCAGCGCAAGGAGGGCAGUGAAAAUCUUCGAUCUGCCGACACUGUCUUACCCGCCUCGUUGGAUAGCGACAUCCUGGCGGCCAUAAAUAACUUCAAGGAGGCAGUUAGAAGUCGAGACUGGACGGGCAAAAAGUUCAGCUUGGACGCCACACUUACGCCCCUCUUCCUAAAGGUCUACGAGACGGUUCAGUGCACGGAUCACAACGAGCGCAACAUGGUCUUCUCGCACAUCGAGUACCAGUUGCAGCUGCCCAAGUACUACAUGCUGCGCAAGGGGAAGGCCGUGAGGGCCAAGGAGGCGAAGAGCAAGUCCAACAAUGCCGUGGAGAAACUGCGACGAGCAGUGGCCGUUGUCAUGCCCAAGGCGAUAGCCAACUACGAGAUGGAGUUGCGAAACUUUGCCGAACAAGCAGCGGCGGACGUGAACUCGGAACUGCCGCCCAAGAUGCCGCGGAAGAAGUUCCAGUGGAGCAGCGAGCUGCGUCUGCUUCUGUACGAUGUCUACCAAGCCCGUUGGACGUCGUACACCGUUCUGGCCAAGCGGAAGGACUCGCUGGAGAACUUCAUCAACGAUUAUCUCAAAGAAAAGGUGGUCAACUUGUGGCCCCAGGGCUGGAUGCGUUACGACGAGCUGCAGCGCGAGAUCCUGCGCCACAAGAGCGCCAGCCGGAAGUUAAAGGAGAAGGUGAAAACCGGGUCUGCAGUCUCCAAACCCGCCGCCGCCGCCGCCGCUACCGCCACCGGCACCGCCGCUGCAGUUGCUGAUCAAGAGCCACAGUCCAGUAAUCACCUAAUGGCAAUAGAAGAGCCUCGGUCGCGAGGUAACUCUGAUACGGAUUCAGUCACAAGUGCCUCCUCCGCCAGCUUGAAGCGCAAGCUCAACGACCAGCCGCCGCAGAGCAAUAAGCCGCCGAAGAAGAAGGCUAUCAAGCAGGGUCCAAGCAUGCAGCCGCAAACCCAACCACAAUUCCAGCUGACGCCGGCCGCCACGGCGGCUGUCACCGCGCCAGUCAUAACGAAUAAUCUUAAUAACAAUCACCUGCCCACUCUGGAAACAUUGCUCUCCAUGCCCAGCACCUCGGCCCAGGCAGCCACGUUGGCGGCAGCCAGUGCUGUGCUGGAUCUCGCCUCGCCCAACCGAUCGAAAACCGAUCCCCUGGGCGGCAGUAGCAUCUACAACCUGCUGACGGCAGCCACCCUUGGGGCCAGUGGGAGUCCGGGCCAGUUUCCGGUUGAUCCACAGGCCAAGGCCAAGAUAGUGGUGGGAGUGCGACCGGCGCCGCAUGUGAUAAACUUGGAUGACUAUCAGUGCUCCAGCGACAUACUGCAUACGUCCAAGCAACUGGCUGCCACGACCAGUGUCAUCACCUCCACAUCCUCCAGCGCCAGUAUGGUCCAGGUCAGAGACAGCAGUAGCGAAUCCGACGGCGUGGAGAUCGUGGGGGUGUUUCCUGCCUCCAAGCCCAAGCAGAGUACCCUGCCGAAAACGAAAAACAAGACACAGAGCAGGCCCAAGUCUCUCGGUGGUGGAGUGCAACUGAACGGAGCUUUGGGUUUAAAUAAAAAUAUGUACAUCUUUAAUAAUAAUAAUAGCGGACCCAUGGGGGCCAUGUACGAUCUCGCCACCAACUCCCAAAUCAUGAAGGCCAUGUCUGAUUUGAAGGUGCUGGAGAAAAAGAUUAAAUGGACGCCAACGAGCAGUAUGCGAGGAGCUGGCGGACUCGGAUCACCUGGUACAGGUACAGGUGCGGGGGCGGGCACCUCCCCGCGCCAAUGACAAACAGUUCCGGCCGCACAGCAGCCACCAUCCCCGGCUGCCGUGACGGCCUUCUACAAUCACGACCAGGCAAUGGCCGCCGCCCUAGUGCUCUCCUCGCUGAGCGUCGCGCCGCGGUACGACCUGCUGGCCAAUGGAGCGGGCCCCCAAUUGGGUGGACCGCCACCUAACUCACUGCCACAAGUAUUUGUAAAGCCAGCCAGCCUGCCAAAGGCAACCAACGACGAGGUUGCGACUGGAGCUGCUCCUUCCCCGCCCACUCAACUGCCCACAAAGUUUAUUUAAUGUAGGAUUCUUAAGGCGGCAGGUUUCAUCCGUCACCUGCGGAGACGGGCUCGAUCUCGAACUCGAUAUCGUCUCUGCUCUCCGCUCUCAACAACUAUAUUCAUUGAUUGCGUUUAUGUGUUUAAAAAUUGAGUCGUUUAACAAUUAAGUCCUUGUAUUUUGCAAGCAUUAAACAAGCAAAUUUAUAUAGAUAUUUAUAGAGAACCAUUUUUAUUAAAUAAAGGAAAUUAAGUUAUGUAAUAAAAGUAAAA